AUGGACAGGAGGUUUCUGCUGGCAGUCCUGCCUGCUCCGUGGGUAAGGAGAGGCAGAGAAGAGCCAAGGAGCAAGUCCAAGAUCUGUGCCAAUGUUUUCUGUGGAGCUGGGCGGGAAUGUGCAGUGACUGAGAAGGCAGAGCCAACCUGCCUCUGCAUUGAGAAAUGUAAACCUCACAAGAGGCCUGUGUGUGGUAGCAAUGGCAAGACAUACCUGAACCACUGUGAGCUGCACCGUGAUGCCUGUCUCACUGGCUCUAAGAUCCAGGUGGAUUAUGAUGGCCACUGCAAAGAGAAGAAGUCUGAGAAUCCAGCUGCAAGUCCAGUUGUCUGCUACCAGUCAGACAGGGAUGAGCUUCGUCGCCGCGUCAUCCAGUGGCUGGAAGCUGAGAUUAUCCCAGAUGGGUGGUUCUCCAAGGGCAGUAACUACAGCGAAGUCCUGGACAAGUAUUUCAAGAGCUUUGAUGAUGGUGAUUCUCGCUUGGACUCCACUGAAUUUCUGAAGUUUGUGGAGCAGAAUGAGACUGCCAUCAACAUCACCACCUACAUGGACCAAGAGACCAACAAGUUGCUCAGAGGACUCUGCGUAGAUGCCCUCAUCGAGCUGUCAGAUGAAAACGCUGACUGGAAGCUGAGCUUCAAUGAAUUUCUCAAGUGCCUCAGCCCAUCCUUCAACCCACCGGAGAAAAAGUGUGCCCUGGAAGAUGAAACCUAUGAGGAUGGAGCAGAGACCCAGGUGGAGUGCAACCGCUGCGUCUGUGCCUGUGGGAACUGGGUGUGCACUGCAAUGACAUGCGAGGGGAAGAAUGAGAAGGUGCCUGCUCAGAGACACCAACCUGAUCAAGAUUUGACUGAGGAGGAGGUGGCUAGAUACAUUCAGGAACUGCAGAAGCAUCAGGAGACGGCUGAGAAGACCAAGAGAAUGAGCACCAAGGAGAUGUAAGGGGCCUCCACACCGGAGGAGCCCAGGAGGAUGGGCCCAACCUGCCACCCUGUCCUCCAGUGCUGAUCUCAGUAUGCACAAGUGUCUGCUACAGUUGCCCAGUCACAGAUAUUUACAUGUAUAGCGAUGGGUUAUUUGUUUUGUAAUACACAGAGAAUGGGGCCAGGAAAGGGGAGCAGAGCCCACCUGUUCAGGGAGCUUCAUUGCUGGGACCUUGGAUGGCUGGAAGGGACUUACAGCAGCCUCUGGGACCCUUCCCCAGAGCAGAAAGCUGCUCCCUCCAAGAACUCAGGGGGAUUUCUUGUUCCCCUGGAUCUGGGGAAAGGACGGAGGUCAGUGCUGGAUAGAAAAGGGGGUCUUCAAUCGAUACAAUUGUCAGCACUGGCCUCAGCUGCAGAAAUACAGGCCUGGCAGUUUUGUAGAUGAGCAUGUGUGCUGCAGGGCAUCAUUAGCCACGGACUUUGCCUUUUGGUUUGAGCUCCUCAAAGCUGGUCAGCCUGAUGUGACACCUGGGAGUUGUGGUGCCAUGCUGCUGGCACAAGUCCAGCACAUUCCUCCUUGCUUUCCACUAGACUGUCCCCAGCAGCUCCUCCAGUACAUUGUGGGCUCCAACACAACAAUGGUUCCUUUUGACCUCAUCUCACUGUUACUCUCCCUGCCCCCUCCUUAGAGGUGCUAUUGUAUUUUUUUCUUAUCACAUUCACAUGCUGACUCUCCC